UCUUCAGUCAUGCUGUGUGUGUGUGAGGGUGUGUGACUGAGCGUGUGAGUGCAAGUGUAUAUAUUUGAAGGGGAGGGAUGAUUAUGUGGCAGCAUAUUGCAAUCUGCAAGUAAGGGCAACACUCUCAUGUGUGAGGACUGCAAACCGAAGUUUCUCUAAAAACUUCAGGUUGUGUUCUACUGAUUUCAUGGCUCUCCUCACAAACGUCACCAUCCUCCUGGUCUUGGCUUGUAUUUCCCAUCAGGUGAUGUUGGGUAGCUGCCAGAAGAGCGGUGGACGGAGGGGACGAGGCAUGGACAAAGGACAGCACAAGAAUAGGUCGGGAGCAAAAGUGGGCCGCCAAACAAAGCCCGUCUCUGCACAGCUCAUGAGAGGCAAAGUGGUCACCAAAGACAAGUUCGAAUGUGCUUGGGUUGCAACAGGUGAAGAUAUCGUCAUUCUCAGCAUCACGUGUAAGAAGGAGGACAGGAGCUUCAGCUGCGAGUAUAUUGCCAGACCUACUGCUUGUCCUGAGUAUGCCUCAAAUGUUAAACUUUACUGGAAGCAGAUCGGGAGGGAGCUGAAGAAGCUAAACAGUCUCUGCCAGGACAGCAGUGCUUUUGUCAGGGCAGGUAUGUGCAGAAGAGCUGCCAGAGAGGCUCAUUUCAGACUGAAUGUAACACAGAGGGUGAAGACUUCUCCACUGUAUACCCCAACUUCUCCAGUCAAAGCUGUAAAAUCCUGUCAAGCUGAUAACAGGAAGAGAGCAGAGGAGUUCUGCAACAACUCCUGGUCAAGUGUUUGCACAUUUCUAUUUACUAUGGUGCGGGAUUAUGAUUGCUGAUACAGAAAAACUGGAAUUAGUUCAUCUUAUCUGCAGUCACAUACAGUAAAUACUUGUCCCAUAGAUUCUUCAUAUAGAUGCUUACUGCUCAAUAAAAACAUACUCAAUGAGCAGUUUUUGAUCUAUCGCUUUUGGAGAAAUUUGUGUAAGCGUUCAAGCCUAUUGAGACAGAUAUAAUAUGUAGAAUAUUAGUUUCUCGAUUUUUUUUUCUUUUCCUGUAACUUGUAAUUUCACUUGGUUUUUUUUUUCUAUUAUAGCCAUGUUGAAAUUACCUCUCCUUCUCAAUAUAAAAUGCCUACUUAAAUAAAAAGACAAAAUACUCCUUAAAAUAAUGUCAAACCAUUUUCUGUCUCUCCCAAAUGUGCACAGUCUUGCCUGAAGUCUUUUCAUGGGAGGUUAAAUGUUUGGGAAUGUCUGGUAUUGACAUAGAAAUUUAAGCCAGGGGGAGUGUGAUUUCUAGAAACCUCAGCCUGCAUACCUUGGCAACGAGAGGUCUGUGAAGCCACAGUCACUGUGUGAAGCCAUAAAAACCUCAUAUGUUCAUCUUGCAUAAUCAAGGGAUACCAGUAUCUAAACGGACAAAAUAAAACAGAAAUAAUAUUUUGCAGGUUAAACUGAAGACUUUAGCAUUAUUUUUUGGCACUUAUGAUCAGUAGAAGUUCUCAUACAUAUUCAUCAUUUCCGUGAUAACAUUAGCUUGAAUUAGCUUGAAUUAAGUUUGCAUACCACACUUGUACAUACUGUAAAAUUCUUACUAUUUGCUUUGGAAAAGCUGUACUGGAAUAUGAGUUAAUAUUUCUAAUAUUACUGUAUCAAUGAGCUGUAUAAACUAACUAAUGAAGUACAUUCCUGGGUAAUUUGAUUUCCUUUUUUUACUGUCAAGAUUUACUUGAUAAUGGAGAGGUUACCAGUUAA